AUGGACACAAUUUACGCGUACAGCAAUCGCGCCGCUUUUCAGGAGUUGUUUAGCAAUACCAACGACGGUACGAGUCGCGACCCUGCCUGGAUCCAAAGUCUCAGUGCCCUUGGACGGCAUGGGUCUAUCCAAGUCGCCAUAACUUCUGCAUCGAUUCUAUGGACAGUUGUAUGGACAGUCAAGAUCCGCCAUGAAGGCUCGGGCAAAGCUGUUCCGCAUAAACCGAGUGGGAUUCUCGUCUAUGAAGCCCUUGGCCAUAUCCUUCGCGGACUAACUCUGACACUUUUCAUUAUUGCUUGCAGCCAGGAUGGGACAGAAUGGCCCAAUGCCGUGGCCGCCGGAUACAUGUUUCUACUCGGCCUGUUUCGAAUCAUUGUGCGGGGAAGAACGAGGCCAAUGCUUCUUCACCAGAUAGCCUUUGUUUCUAUCUCUCUUCUGGUUCUGACCGCCGCAGCCGAUUUACUGCCCCUCAUCGUCUUGAAGUCGAACUAUCGACCGGAUCUUAUAACGUCCCUAGCAAUUGCGUCGCUAGCUUCCACACUACUGUUUCAAGGAUUCUCGCCCCGCGAAUGGCAAGCUCCACGAGCCGGUGUCGACGUCCCAGAAGGCUUCACCGCUGAACCGUCGGACGAAGAAACCCGCAGUUGGAUAAACGAAAACAUCACUUUUGCACACAUCGAUACACUUAUUUACAAGAGUUGGAAGAGCAAAAUCGGUAUGGAUGACAUGCCGAAGAUUCCCUGGCACUACAACCCGGAGCUUUUGCGCCGUGGAUUUUCUACUGCGCGAAAAGACAAGAAAACGACCGGUCGAGCCAUUGUUGCUUUGCUAUGGCCUCAGAUCCUGCAGUCUGUGGUGUUCGGAAUUACCUACCCCCUCUUCGAGCUAUGUGGUGCCCUCAGCCUGUACCAAAUCCUCGAAUACAUCCGAAAUCCGGAGGCCGCGACAUUGCAGCCAUACCUGUGGCUGAUUGUCAUGUUUGGCGGUCGCUUGAUGCAAAGUGUUCUUCUGCAGAAAUUCAUAUCGAUCACUCGAAAGUUGGCUAUGUAUUGCAAAAUCAUGCUAACGGGCGAGGUCUUCCAUGCUGCCCUGAGCUCACGCGAGUUGAGCGGCAAUAUUCUCAAAGAUGCCGAGAAGAAAGAGGACGGGGCCAGUGAGUCGAGAGAGGGCACAGCAGCAGGAAUGCUUGAGAAUCUCAUAUCAACGGACAUGAACACGAUACAGUUUCUACGCGUUUUCCUCAUGGCAGUUGUGCAGAUUCCCGCAUCCAUCUUGGCCGUGGUCGGGCUAUACAACGUCAUCGGUUGGCCCAUGUUUGCUGGCCUUUUCAUCGUUUUCUUGAGUGCGCCAAUUGCAGGAUACAUCAUGGGACACAUGCUGCGCUUCGAAGAGAAACUCAAAACGCUCCAAGACGUCCGUGUCUCAUUGUUGUCUGAGUAUCUACGGUCCAUCAAGGCGAUCAAGUAUUUCGGCUGGGAAGACUCCAUUGUUGACAGAAUCCGAGGAAUUCGUGCAAAUGAGCAGCAGCAGAACUGGUACAUUUCAAUGUGCUGGGUCGCGUUCUCGCAGGUGACAUCCUUCAUGCCCAUUUGUUCCAUGCUGGCGAUGUUUGGUCUCUAUGUUGGCGUUCUAAAGCUGCCAAUGACCGCUUCCGUCGCCUACACGACUGUCACACUGUUCGAUUCUGUCCGAAAUAACCUUGAUUUCAUUUCCUCCGUGAUUCUGGAACUGCCGAGAAUCUUGGUUUGUUUGCGCCGUUUCGAUCGCUUUUUCGCCGCUCUCGACCCUCUCGACCGUUAUCCAGAAGGACCUGUACGAAUUGACAAUGCGACUUUCCGUCGUGUUAGGACAGCAAAUUUCUGUUUAUCGAACAUUACGAUUGACUUUGUUGAAAAUGGAUUAAAUACCAUCACGGGUAUCAGCGGUAGUGGAAAGACAACGCUAUUACUGGCGCUACUGGGGGAGACGAUCAAGGAAGCUGGCAGCGUAACUCGGCCUAGGGACGCAGCGUUUGCAUCGCAGACCUCUUGGCUACAGGCACAGUCCAUACGCCAAAAUAUCCUUUUUACUUUGGCAUACGACGAGAAACGUUACAGCAGUGUUGUCAAAGCAUGUUGUCUCGACGUCGACUUUCGCGAAAUGUCUAAUGGAGACGAGACACAGGUCGGCGAGAAUGGUGCUGCACUUUCUGGUGGACAGCGUGCAAGGAUAGCCUUGGCCAGAGCGCUUUAUUGCUUUGCCCCACUGCUAAUUCUCGAUGACAUUUUCUCGGCACUUGAUGCCAAAACCACUGUUUUGCUGUGGAAUCGCGUUUUCUGCUCUGAUCUAGUCGAGAACAGGACUGUCAUUCUCGUCACACAAGUAAACUGGGUUAUUGGCGAAGCUGACUUGGCGAUUACUCUUGAAGACGGCUCGAUCAAGUCUGCCGAUCAAAAUAUCGGGCAUGUUCGUGUGCCCCAAGCUUUACCCGCAACCUCUGGUGAAGACCUGGACAAUGCGGCGAUGGCGGAGGAAACUGAGCAAUCCUCGAAACUGGCCGAAACUGAGAAAUCAAACUUGAUCGACGAGGAGGUGGAAAAGAGUGGUGUACUUGGAGGCUUUCCUGUGCUGCAGUACCUGAUGCAUUUCGGUGGCCCGGUGGUCGUCAUAAUGACCAUGGCUGUUAUGCUGGCGCAAACAGUGGCUGAACUGAUUAAGAACUAUUGGCUGUCAGUUUGGGUCGACCAUGAUGAAGGAGAUGUAUCGGCUACCGCUGCUUUUUACCUCUCAAUUUUUGUGGCACUGAGCGUCGCCUCGGAGACAAUUGACGCAAUCUGCUUCUGGACGUUCAUCAGAGGCGCAUGGUACGCCGCUAGAACGCUACACGAAAGAAUGGUUCACGCCUUGUUCAACGUCUCUCUGGCAUGGUACACUGAGCACCCUGUGGGCAGAGUCAUCAAUCGUCUAUCUGGGGACAUUGAAACCCUGGACCAGCAAGUUAUUGGCACAGUUUUUGUUACCGUCCGUGCAAUUAUCUUGUCAGUAAUGAUGCUUAGCGCGAUUACUUUGAUUCUCCCAAUCUUCAUGGGUCCAACGGUGGUGCUUGCUGCGCUCGGUAUUCUUGUGGGGGUGGUGUACAACCAGAAUGCCAUCUUCCUCAAGCAAUUGGUCUCCGCUAGCCAGUCACCUAUUCUUUCUAGUUUUUCGGAAGGACUCAACGGAAUGGCCGUGAUUCGUGCAACCUCAUCAUUGCCGAGCCUGUUCUCCGAACAGCUGGGACGGCUUCUUUCCACCUCGGCUGAGGCAGGUGUCUCACAAAUCGAUGCUGACCAGUGGAUCAAGUUUCGAAUGAACACAAUUUCGGGAUUGAUUAACGUCUGUGCUGCGUUUCUCGCCAUUUGGGAGAGCGACAGAUUGUCCGCUGGAGUUGUCGGAUUUUGUCUGUCGCAAGCAUCGGAAAUUAGCUCCGCCAUCUUGAUGCUCGUGUUUCAAGUGAGCGAGCUGAAUCUGCAAAUGCAAACUUUCCACCGCGUCCGAGAGUAUGGCCAGUUGCCACCGGAGGAAGAAUCGCUGAGCGAAAGCAAGGUCGUCGAGCAAGACGAUCCAGCACCACUAGUCAUCCCCCCUAACUGGCCUGCCACUGGUGCAGUUGAAUUUCAGGAUGUCACCGUGCGCUACGAUGUCGAUGGGCCAGAUGUUCUGAAAAAUAUCAACCUGCGAUUCAAUGCUGGUGAACGUGUGGCGGUUGUUGGGAGAACCGGCAGCGGCAAGAGUACUCUCGUUCUCUCCAUGCUCCGUUUUACAAAUAUUGUAUCCGGAAAGAUCCUGUACGAUGGUGUCGACAUAACCAAUCUUUCGUAUAAAGAGCUCCGCCAGGCCAUUUCCAUGAUCCCUCAGGAGUCACAGCUGUUCCAGGGAACACUCGCAGAAAAUCUUGACCCGACCGGAACAAUUUCCAAAGAUGUUCUGCAAAAGGCUCUCGACGUCUGCCAAUCCAUUGCUGCGAUCAGAGCGACCCGACAGCAUUCUGCGACUUCGUCCGAAGAUGGUGAAGGCAGUACCGACACCGCUGAAGGACUCACGCUCGAGACGCAUGUCAAAGCCAAGGGUGAAAACUUUUCCCACGGCCAGCGCCAAGUUCUCUCGCUGUGCCGCAUUCUGGCACGACAGUCAAAGCUGAUGCUCCUCGAUGAGGCGACUUCAAACAUGGACGCAGAGACGGACGCGGGUAUUCAAAGGGUAUUGCGCGAUGCAGCAGCCGAGGGUGAAGGGCGCUGUCUCGUUACUAUUGCCCACCGUCUCAAGAGUAUCGCCGAUUAUGAUAGGGUGGUGGUCAUGGGCUCUGGCGAGGUCCUGGAAGUGGGUAGUCCGCAGGAGCUGAUGGAGAGGAAGGGCAGCUACUAUGACUUGGUGAUGCAUGAUCGCGACUCGAGCUCGACUGAGGGCAGUGGGUAG